AUGUCCCGAUCUCCGCGUUUUUUGUGCGGGGCGCUCGGUAGUUUGUAUCGUCUUUUCGAACACGCCAGACUUUCGUAGCGUAAUAUGCAUGAGAUACCCGGUUCUGAGAAUCGUCUUUGUGAAGUAAUAUGCGCUUAGAUAGUGUUAAGAAAGGUUGCAAAUUUGUUCAUCGAUUCAUUCCGAUAUGCCUCCACGUGAUGACAAAGCGAAAUAGAAAUCCAACUCCGAUCCCAGCCUUUUGGUUGGAUGAGGAUUGAACCGCAAACGAGCUUUUUAACCCUGACCCAAGGAGGCAGCUUUUGCUAGAACGUUAGGACAGAACGCUGGAAAAUGACAUUCCACGAUGCGGAACCGUCUACAGCUUUCCUCGAUCAUAAAUGUCGCGAUGGAUAGCAAACAAGCUAUCCAAAAGCUCGGUUCUACCUUCUCAAAACAUACAAAUUCUUACUGUCAGAUUGCAGCGGCUUGUUCUCUGGACAUUGUCCUCGCGUGUGAUGCAGCACUCCAGUACUGCGACGGGCGGAGCAGGCAGCGCGCGCGCCGUUCCCUCCUUGAACGGCGCAAAGGAUGCCGGACUGAGCGCAGUCGACCGCGCUGUCAUCUUUACUCCGACGAAUCCAGAGAUGUUCGAGGCAGACUUAGGAAACGCGAUCUCGAGGCGUCUCGCGGAGUGCCAGCAAAGCUCAAGCUCAUCCUCUGCUCCGCAACAUCCGCAGGUGAUGUUUUCUACUGUGGUGCAGCAGCAACAGGCGAGUGCAGCAACAUUGUCGUCCGCGUUCUCUCUACACAAUCCCGGAGUGGGUGCUUCGCAUUCCGCUCACCACCUCGCGUCCCUCGAAAUUUUUGA